AGGUCUGCGGCGAUACCUUGGUACAUGUGAUCUUGAGAAAUUGGAGAUGUGGCUGGUGUAAAAAUGUGGCUACUACGUAACCAGCCACAACUAUUCCCGGGUGCUCAGACCACCUUUGGCAGUUGACCUUAGUAGCCCUUGUGGUCACAAAAACUUCCCCUCCACGUUAAAAUUAGCCGUGGUUUACCCUUGUCUCGCACACAUCUCAAUUCCGCGCAAAAAUCGAUUUGAGCGAAGCUCCACGAAACUAUUUCCACACAUCAAUCAUCGACACCUUUCAAGACCACAGCCAACAUCACCGCUGUCAAAAUGGUCAACAUUCCAAAAACCCGCAAGACCUACUGCAAGGGCAAGGACUGCCGCAAGCACACUCAACACAAGGUCACUCAAUACAAGGCCGGCAAGGCCUCUCUCUUCGCGCAAGGAAAGAGACGUUACGACCGCAAGCAGUCCGGUUACGGUGGUCAGACCAAGCCUGUGUUCCACAAGAAGGCUAAGACGACGAAGAAGGUUGUGCUACGGUUAGAAUGCGUUUCUUGCAAGACUAAGCUACAACUCGCGCUUAAGCGAUGCAAGCACUUCGAGCUCGGUGGUGACAAGAAGACGAAGGGUGCCGCCCUGGUAUUCUAAACGCAUUUCUCAUACUUAUGUCGUUGCACGUUCUUCUUUCAGGGCAAUAGGGUGGUUCAUCAUGGCCGGGCAUUCACUGGCGACGGGAGUCUUUCGAUCCUCGGUUUGAGAGCAUUAGAUAGGUCAAAACAGAACCGAAUCUGCUCUUACGAAAUUUGCCAUGCUAUAUGUGACAAAUGCUAGGAUGAAGUGACGACGAGGGAGCGAAGGGCGGCUAUAUGAUCUGCAGUAGCAAGUUUAUGGGCCUAGAAAUCUCGUGACAUCCGUCUCUGAUACUCAUAAUACUACCCAAAACCCCGAUAGGAAGUGGUUCGUCUGCUGGUUUUGCUCCUAAAUAUUGUAGUCUGCCUCUUAAACAUACCUAAUGCUCUCGGCCGUGAUCCUAGCCUAAUUCUGGAAGAAUUUCGAUAUGUAUAACUUAACCCUAAUGAAAUUCCCGACUGCGAGC